AUGAACACGUUUGUCAACGGCUCCCGGUGCAGUGCUUGCCCCCCAAACUCUUUCACAUUGCAGAACGGGUCGUCAUAUUGUCUGUGCACAUCCGGGCACAUGUAUGACUCGAGCUCGAGUGCAUGCGUCGCAUGCCCCUCAGGCAACUACUCCACGGGCGACUGCGUGCCAUGCGUAGCAGGGACAUACAAGAAUACGGUUGGCAGCGGGGACUGUCUGUCUUGUCCGAUCAACUCCUUCUCUAUUGCCGCAGGCAGCAAAGAUGUCAGCGCCCAAGUUUGUCAGACAUGCGCAGUCGGAACGUUCAAAUCGCAGGCAGGAAAUUUGACAUGCACCACAUGCCCCCUGUCGUCUUCGACUGCCUCUACUGGAGCUACAGUCAUAAAUCAAUGUAUCUGUCAGAAGGGCUACACCAACUCUAGCGUCCUUGAAAAAUGCUCGCAAUGCGCACCCGGUCAGUACAAGCCUACGCUAGGAAACACAACCUGCAGCGUGUGCAAUGAAAACUCCAACAACGGGACGUACAGCCUGGGAGAAUGUGUUGCUUGUGAGAAAGGCUUCUACAGCCCGACGGCCAACAGCGCACGAUGCUUGUCAUGCCCGCCCGGACAUUACUCGGCUGUGUCCGGUAGUUCUGAGUGUGUACAAUGCCCAGCCAACACGUACAGCGAUCGGGCAGGCAACGGCUCGACCGCCUGCUCUGACUGCACGGCCAACACGAUCUCCUCUCCUGGAAGCACUGCGUGCGCGUGCAAGCAAGGCUACAAAGGCUUCGGCGAUCAAUGCUCCGUGUGUCCGGUAGGAGAGUACAACAACAAGACCGGCAGCUCGUCAUGUCUUUCGUGUCCGCAGUACCAGACAACCGUCGCUGAGGGCUCCACGAGCCUGACAGACUGCAGGUGCGUCAUGGGAUACAGCUUGCUGAGUGGCCAGUGUGUGGGAUGUCCCGCAGGCAAGUACAAGGACCAGGUGGGCUCGGGGGCAUGCGCCGAC